UCUCUCUCUCUCACACACACACACACACACACUCACGCGCACUCCCUCCAUACCGACACCGUUUCUCUCUCUCUCCGGUGCGCACAGAAAUAUGACCGCGCUCCAGCAUCACUCCGGAUUAACGCCCGUGUAAGCGUUCCCGUGCCGCACGCACGCGCCCUCCAAGCCGUUCAUCCGCCGUUCCCUCGUGGUCAUGGGGCGCAUCAUGGCGUGUGCGUCUUAACCGGUGUUUAACGCGGAUACCGGGUGGAUCUAUGUUCCUCGUAGACGAAGGAGGACCGAAAGGAAAUUAGCGGAAGUUUGAGAUCGGGAGGGAGAGGAUGCGGGCUGCGUGCUGGUGCGCCGUCUUUCUCCUCACACCGGCGCUGUGGCUGGUUUCAAGUGUUCAUGGUUCCAUCCCGGGAAAGACGGAGCUACUUAAGUCAGGGAGCCCCAAAUCAACAUUAAAGCACAUAUGGACAGAAAGCACCAAGGACUUGUCCAUCAGUCGCUUGCUGUCACAGACUUUGAAUGGGAAGGAGAACACCACGGCCCUGGAUCUUCGCUAUGACACGCCAGAGCCCUAUUCAGAAUGGGACUUAUGGGACUGGCUGAGGAACGCCACCGAGCUCCAGGACUCGAGGCCCAGGGCCAAACGGCGGCCCAUUGUCAAGACAGGUAAAUUCAAAAAGAUGUUUGGCUGGGGAGACUUCCACUCUAACAUCAAGACAGUCAAGCUCAACCUUCUCAUCACCGGCAAAAUUGUUGACCAUGGCAACGGUACCUUCAGCGUUUAUUUCCGCCACAACUCAACAGGCCAGGGCAACGUAUCCGUCAGUCUUGUGCCACCGACCAAGAUCGUGGAGUUCGAUGUAACAGCGCAGCAGUCAGUCAUCGACGCCAAGGACUCCAAGUCCUUCAACUGCCGCAUCGAGUACGAGAAAGUUGAGAAGGGCUCCAAGAACACGCUGUGCAACUAUGACCCGUCCAAGACGUGCUUCCAGGAACAGACGCAGAGCCAUGUCUCCUGGCUCUGCUCAAAGCCCUUCAAAGUCAUCUGCAUCUACAUCUCCUUCUACAGCACCGACUACAAGCUGGUGCAGAAAGUCUGCCCAGACUAUAAUUACCACAGCGACACUCCCUACUUUCCCUCAGGCUGAUGGAUGCCACUGAUGCGAAGGACAACACAGGCAAUGUGGACUCUCUCUCUCCCCAACCACAACAAAUAUUUGUUUCUAGUACCUUCCAAACAUGUGACCCAGAACUAAUUCAAUAUUUCAGAUGGAUUUAAUUUAAUAAAAUUUUAUUAUUAUUAUUUAUUUUUUUUCUGGAACACAUACUUACAAACAAAGAUGUAAUUCUGAUGGAUGGUUUAAAGUGUCAGUCCGGUUCUUAAUUUAUAUUAGCUUAUUGUUAUUGUUAUUGUUUUAGUUGCUUUUAUUAAUGUCUGAUUGCAGUCGUAGGGGCAGAAAAUUCUGCCAGUUGACAUUUGCCAGCUGUAUAUUUACUUGUUUGUUUGAUUAUAUAUUGAUACAUUUUUUAAAUGAAAUGUUAUUUUCAUCCCACGUUUAAUUUUAUUUCUAUAUAUUACAAAUGUUCAUUUAUUUACUAUCCUAAAUAUAAUUUAUUUUUUUCUUAUAUCCCUCAACAACAUGUGGACGUUAAGCCGGUAUAUUUUAACAAAAGUUCACAAGAACUGAUGUGCGGAAGAGAAAUUUAAAGUGAAUUCUUUAUACAGAAUCAUAAAAAAAAAAAAAAAAAAAAAACUUCCCCUCAUCCACAAGAAUCCA